AUGGACAAUAUUCAGUUGGAAUACAUGGAUUUUUUAGACGACGAAAUGACUCUUAAUGUGUACAAUCGCAAAGUGAGAACAAUGAUUCAUGACAACGACCAAAGACUACUUGUCGACGUAAAUGAUGUACAUAAGUACAAUACAUAUAGGGCCAAACAAUUAAUAAUAAAUUACAUCGAUGAAGAGUUAGCGCUAAAGCAUGCUCUCAAAGAAUUUGUCAAACGCAUAGAUUUAAGUUAUUGGAAUAAAUUUGAUGAAUUUUUCGUUGGUUUCUUUGGAGGGAACCAUGUUACACCUCGGACAAUGAAGUCUAAAUUCUUAGGCACUUUGGUGUGCUUGGAAGGUGUAGUCUCAAAGUGUACCCAGGUGCAAUCCAUCCUCGUAAAAAGUGUGUACUAUUGCCCGACUACUAAAACUGUGUCUGAGCACAUCCAUACAGACUUCAUGUCAUCAUCAUUCGUCUUUAUUUCGGCAACAUCUAGUUGUGUUUAUCCAACAAGAAACGAUGAUGGUGUCCAAAGAUUACCCAAAUCUAGGUGA